UCUGAACGGUGGGAUUCUUCCGAACGACGACGUAGAGUUUCUCUCUCUCCGCCGCAGGUGGCAGCAAGCAGACGCUCUCUCUCUUUCUCUCUCUCGGCAGUCGUCGGCGACCAGCAGAAGGCGGCAAUCGAAGAGAAAAGAAACCUGAAGAAACAAUCUCGAUCCAAUCUACGAACAUUCCAUAUUUGGCUACUAUUGUGCCAAAUUUCUGUGCGGAAACGAACCGGUUCGAGCGAAUCAAGUCGGUUAUAUAUCAGGGUCGGGUUAAUCCAUUGUUCUUCGUCUGCCUCUCGAUCAAUUGGUGCCCUGCUACGCCUUCCUCCAUCUCCAUCGGAAUUCUACACGGCGAGAGCCAACUUUUAUUUUCCUCUCCUUUUUCCUUCUGUUUCCCUGCUCUGUAGACUCACCCUUUUGCAUUGAAAUCUGAGGUUGUGGUUGUGGUUGUGGCAGAGCUCCAGGUCUUUGACAUUUCUACCGAAGUAGUGAUACGGUUCGAUUCUUGAUUAUCGACCAACUGAACUGUGUCAGCCCUUCUCGUGUGGUAAUGCGAGCAUUGUUCUUGGCCACUCUGAAGAGCAGAAAAACAUAAGAGGAGAUCAUCCAUAAGUUCGAGGUAGCAGUACUCAGAUACUUAUGAAUGGCUUGGAGAGAGCUGGGGAAAAAGGGAAUGCAUGCUGGUUUUCGAAGAACACUUACUUGUUCACGAAGGCAUUUAGCCAGGCCAAAUUUCAUUACUACUGAUGAGGUUGUUGUUAAGUUAAUCCCUGCUUUAGUAAGAUGCACUCAAGAAUUCCCUUGUGGUUCGACAUAUCAUGGGUCUGAUUAUUAUAUGGCUUCUACAGUAGAACCUUGCAGACGGUAUUUACAUUCAAGUACUGAAUUACUAGCUAGGAGAGGACAUGAUCAGGAAUUUGGUUUGAAGACUCCAAAGAAAGAAAAGUUUGUAAGAAGGGAUGGCCGGAAUCAGCCACCAGUUGAAGCUCCAUAUGUUCCUCCAAAACCAAAGAGCACCGUUGGAUCUGUUCCAGAUAAAACAAUUGAGAUAUUUGAUGGCAUGACAAUUGUCGAGCUUGCUAAACGUACUGGCAAGUCAAUAUCCAGACUGCAGGAUAUUCUCGUAAAUGUUGGUGAAAAGAUCAACUCAGAGUUUGAUCCUCUCAGCAUUGACAUUGCAGAGCUGGUUGCCAUGGAAGUUGGAGUAAACAUUAAGAGAUUACACUCUAGUGAAGGUUCUCAAAUUCAACCACGGCCACCAGUUAUUACAGUCAUGGGUCAUGUUGAUCAUGGAAAAACUUCUCUUUUAGAUGCACUUCGCCAGACAUCAGUGGCAGCUAGAGAAGCUGGGGGUAUAACUCAGCACCUGGGUGCAUUUGUUGUGGGCAUGGCUUCAGGUGCUUCAAUCACUUUCCUCGACACUCCAGGGCAUGCUGCAUUUAGUGCUAUGCGAGCAAGAGGUGCAGCAGUUACCGAUAUAGUUGUCCUGGUAGUGGCUGCUGAUGAUGGGGUGAUGCCUCAAACUCUGGAAGCUAUGGCACAUGCUAAAGCAGCAAACGUGCCCAUCGUGCUUGCAAUUAAUAAAUGUGACAAGCCUGCUGCUGAUCCCGAGAGAGUCAAACUGCAGCUUGCUUCAGAGGGCUUGCUGCUUGAGGAGAUGGGAGGAGAUGUUCAAGUUGUUCACGUGUCUGCACUGAAGAAAACAGGAUUGGAUACCUUGGAGGAAGCACUGCUUCUCCAGGCUGAAAUGAUGGAUUUGAAAGCUCGUAUUGACGGACCAGCCCAAGCUUAUGUAGUGGAGGCAAGGCUUGACAAGGGUAGAGGUCCUUUGGCUACUACUAUAGUGAAGGCAGGGACCUUAGAAAGUGGUCAGUUUGUGGUUGUGGGCUGUGAGUGGGGCAGAAUUAGGGCUAUUAGGGAUAUGUUGGGGAAUUUGACGGACCGAGCAGGGCCUGCAAUGCCUGUUGAGAUUGAAGGGUUGAGGGGGCUUCCUAUGGCAGGUGAUGAUAUUAUUGUUGUAGAGUCUGAGGAGCGUGCACGAAUGCUCAGUGCAGGGAGGAAAAGGAAAUUUGAGAAGGACAGGUUGAAGAAGCUGAGUGAGGGGAAAACUGAAACUGAAGAGCAAUCUGAGGAGGUAAUUCAGAGGGUUGAAUUACCGAUAAUAGUAAAAGCUGACGUUCAGGGCACCGUGCAAGCAGUUACAGAUGCAUUGAAGACUUUAAAUAGUCCUCAGGUUUUUGUAAAUGUUGUCCAUGUUGGCGUUGGCCCAGUUUCCCAGUCUGAUGUGGACUUGGCUCAAGCAUGUGGAGCAUAUAUAGUUGGAUUUAAUGUGAAGAAUCCCCCAAGUAAUCUCAGUCAGACAGCUACUCAAGCUGGUAUAAAGAUAAUUCUACAUCGUGUAAUCUAUCGUCUUUUGGAGGACAUUGGGAAUCUGAUUGUUGACAAGGCACCAGGAACUUCCGAGACGCAGGUUGCUGGGGAGGCCGAGGUGCUGAACAUUUUUGAGCUCAAAGGAAGAAGCAAGUCAAAGGGACCCGAUGUUAAGAUUGCUGGAUGUCGGGUGAUUGAUGGUUGUGUUUCAAGAGCAUCGACCAUGAGGCUUCUACGAAGCGGGGAAGUUUUGUUCGAAGGAUCAUGUGCAUCUCUCAAGAGGGAGAAACAAGAUGUUGAUGCCGUGAAGAAAGGAAGCGAGUGUGGACUCGUGAUACACGACUGGGAUGAUUUUCAGGUUGGAGACGUCGUGCAGUGCUUGGAGCAAGUAGUAAGGAAGCCGAAGUUCAUUUCAUCCGAGAGCGGUGCCGUUAGAAUCGAGUGCUGAAGAAAGGGUCAGUAAAAUUCAUUCUACAUGCACUCAUUUUAGAGACUUUAUAUCCAUUGGCUGGUCCUAUAUGAUCUGCCACAGUCCAGAUAUAUAGUUUCAAAUUUUCUUCAGCAUAUUUAAGGAUAGUAAAUUUUGGGAGUGGAAAGAAUCUCCAUGAGUUGUGACAGAUAACCUAUGAUGUAGAAUUGAGGAAGACAAUUGAUUAUUGUACCAACCAAAAGAGAAAAAAACAAAUUUUGUUAACUAAUAAUGUCAAUGUGACGACAGGAAAAGCAUAUUUGAAAA